AGCUAGCUGUCAACGUGACAGCUGCGUUUUCAGGCCGCUGGAAUCCUGUAGACGUUUGCCGCGUUUGAUUUUAUUUCUUCCGGGUUUCAUAAAUCUGCAUGCAGGAGACUGAAGAAUCUUGAUUAUAUUUUAACGAAAAGCUUUGGUUCGUUAUUUUACUGAAAAGCUGCCUGUGAGAUCCAAUAUUAAAUCGUUGAAACACCAUCUCAGGUAGGUUUAUGACAGUUCAUGUGUUUAUCAAGAUACACUGGCACGCAGGCGGGCCACUUUAAGCGAUAUAAUGUCUGUGAAGAAAUGACAUUUUUCUGGACAGUAGUAAACUUAUCCGGAUAAGAAAAUCUAAUUUGGACGUUUAAACUUUUAAUAGCACAGGGUGCAAAGAAAGUUGGUUUUACGGCUAGCCAUUCGGGCAAGUUGUUGCUAGUAUCUACGAGCCGAAGUGUCUUUAAAGUAGCCCUCAAAAUUUUUUGAUGAGUAGCAUUGAUUACAGUCCUUCUGUAUUUUGAAUUUCCCCCAAAAAAACACUUGCCCUUUGGGCAAGUUAAGAACAGGGUUCACUAGCCCGAUUGCAAAAUCCAUUAGCCCCAGGCUAUCGGACACGACUUUCUUUGCACGCCAUAACUAAUUUAUGAAGGGUAUAUAAAGUGCCCAUCAGAUUAACUAGACUUAUUUCAUACAGCCCAGGUUAAAAAUAAACACUGAUCUGCUACUGCCAUGGCAACUGUACAGGAAAAAUUACUGGAGAGAGUUUUUGAUGAAGAGGGAACUUUAACUGUCAGGAAAGUGACUAUUGUUGGAGUAGGACAAGUUGGGAUGGCUUGUGCUUACAGUAUAAUGCAGCAGGUAAUGACAGUGUAUUUAACAUGUGUCAAUUGGUAAAGAAGGCCAGGAGCUUAUAACCCGGAGUGAGCAACUUCCAUGUGCUUGGGUCACUACAUUUUCAUGGACCAGUUUAUUUUUAGAAUGGUUUUGCGCAAAUUGUGAAUAUCUUUUAAAUUCCACAAACUAGUCAGCAAAACCUACAGACCUAAAAAUGAUAAUUUUUGCCUUUUAAUAAAUGUUUAGUUUUCCUUUUUUAUAUCUUUUCUAUCUUUACUUCGAGUGGGCUCAUAGAUGUGGUGGAAAUUCUAUUUGAGUGGGAAAAAAGUGCCCUGAAAUGUGUCUAAAAAUAGAUUUGUCUAUAAAAACGCCAUGGCAUAGGCCUAGUAUGGAAGUUGCUUGCUUCGGUUUAUUGGCUCCUGAGAAGGCUCUGUUCACUUGUCAGAACUGAUUUUUUGCCAACAUUUGCAGUAUUUUCAACUCUCUACAAAUCAGGCAUCAAGGCACCAUACUGCAUUCAGAUAUCAUAAACAGGGACAAAAGUACCUCCUAGCCCUGAUCAACAGCCAAAAAUAUGUUGUUUUAGAUUGAGGGGAAACUGUUUGGCCUAGGUACUUACAGAUAAAACAAUGAGCUGUACUCAUGACAUCUGGAAUGUGACCUACAAUAGAAGCCUUUGCCAGUCUUUAAUCAGAAGUGAAAAUUAAACUCAAGGCUGUGAGAGUAAAAGGGAGGGGCGGGUAUGUAAUUUGUUUCAAGCAACUUGAUCACUCUCCUCAGAAAACAUCUGAACAAAUAAUUGUUAACCUGUUCCACCCCUGAAAAAAGAAAGACUUGUCAAUAGGUCACCAGUUAUCACUCUUAUAUAAAAUUUUGCCAAAAGCAUUAUAGCUCUUUUAUUCAUGGUCAGAAGUGUAUGUCCAGUGUAUACCAUAAUGAUCCUCUGUUUACAACUUCUCAUUAGGGAAUAUGCCGAGAAAUAGCAUUAGUUGACAUGUUAAAGGACAAGUUGCAGGGAGAGCUGUUAGACAUGCAACACUGUCAGCGAUUUGUGAAGCAUGUUGACAUUCAAGCCAGCACUGGUAAAGUUUUUAAAAUAUAUUAUUGUUGCUCUAAAUCAUCCAGUACUCUAAAAGCUUGACUAUAUAAGUUCCAACUUCCACACCAAAGUAUAGAAUGAACAAUAAUGGUAUAUAUGCUUAAAAUUAUAUUUGAUGCUUAUCCUGUCACUAUGAUGGAAUUUAUCCAUUCUUCUAGUGUAGGCUGUAACAGUUUCAAAUAAGUUGCCCUUUAAACACCUGAAUCAGCACCAAAUAAUGCAUCUAAAACUAUAAUAAUCCUUUAACUUUCUAAGACUAUGCUGUAACUGCUAACUCCAACUUGUGCAUUGUGACUGCUGGAUCACGUCAGAAGGAAGGAGAAAGCAGAAGGGACCUGGUACAGAGAAAUGUUAACAUCUUCAAGGGUAAGAUAAUAAUAUAGCCAAAAUAUGGUUUCGGAUGUGGGGCCUGGGAUUCCUGUGUGCACUUGUGCAGAUGAUUUUCUUUCCCCUCCACUCCCCCUUCCCUUUCAAAAGGCCGCUUAAUAAGGAGACUUGGGAAAGUUAUGUGACAGUCUGCAGAAUAGUUGACUGCCUCAAGAUAGUCUUAAUGUGUCAAAAGAUAAAGAGGUCAAUACGUGUCAUAAAGGGACUUAAUUUAGGGCCGUUGCAUUUUAUAUCCCCCCCUCCCCCCUAUACACGAGAUUCUCUGAAGGGAUUGCUUGUGAGAUUUUCUGAAGGGGUCGCUACUAGGAGAGUGGUUUUUCCAAAAGGGCUUGUUGUCCGAAAUGUCAAUUUCUGAAGGGUGCAAAUACCAAGGAAUAAAUUUCUGAAGGGAUGAAGGGAGAGCCACAUCAUCAAUAUAGGCGUGCUAGUGUACAACUUCUUUUCUGAAGGAGAAGAAUAACAUGGCCAUAUUUUCUGAAGGGAACAGAACAAAAAUAAUACUAUUUCUGAGGGUAUCUAAGAAUAAAUGUUAAUUUCUGAAGCGGGUAACCCCAGAAAUAAUUUUCUGAAGGGGUCAGGCAAAAAGACUCUCAUCAAUGGGGGGUGUGGGUAUUAAAUGGAAUGGCCUGUAGUCCACAUCCAAGACCUUGCGAACUAAAGAUAGCUACUCUAUCCUCAGAAAAUGAUGAAUGGAAGGGUUAAUCAAUGUGGCUGUACAUAGUCUUAACUCUACUCUUAUCAGUGAACAACAAAGGCAUGCAACCAACACAACCCAUCAAAGCUCAAGGUAUCAAGAGGCUCACAUAGGAAACAAGAAUAAAAUUAAUUGAAUGAAAAACGUUCAUUGAUUCCGGGGGAAUAAGCUUCCUUUGUUGAAAGACAAAGGCUUUCCGUGUUGCUCUGAUAUUGUAGGGAAGAGCCAAAAGAGAUUAGUAUGUGCUGGUUAUUGUUCCUGGUAGUUUCGCAUACGCUGAAAAUUCACGCGGGAAACAAAUAUGCACAACGAACUAUCAAUUUGUUAUUUUACCUUUAGUGUGAUUGUGAUUUUUCUUGUAGGGAUUAUCCCUCAAUUGGUAAAGUACAGCCCCAACACAAUUCUGAUGAUUGUAUCUAAUCCAGGUAAUAAAAUAAUGUUGAGAUGCCAGCAGUUGUAAACAGGUUUUUAGGGUAAUGCGGCGAAGGACGCAAGAGCCUCUUUCCUUCCCUCCCCCCUGCCCCCAGUUUUCCCUCCCUUUCGGCCUGCGCUUUCUAGCUUUCUCUUUUUCUUACACCCCAAAAGAGACUCUGUUCACAGGCUAUACCAUGCUCCAAUCUCGUUCCCAGGUUCUCUCUCCUACCCUAGGAACGAGGUAGUAGCAUGCUCGUCCAAUAUGCCAUUGGAACGGAGCUUCUGGACUGUAAUCCUGUAGCCGCCCACGCAGACGUUCUUGAGCUUUGUCACGCCUUCUUUCCCCACAGACGUUCGUGGGGAAGGAACAUGUGACGAACGUCUACGUGGGGGGCUAGAAAGCCUCUCCCCAGGGGUCAAUCGGGGAUUCUAGGAACGAGGUUCUAGUACAGUGUAAAUGUGAUAUACUUUAUACGUUUUGACAUGUUUUGUUGUUCAUAAAAGAACCCGUAACGCCGCCUCGCUAAGUCAGAUGUUGUGACACUAACGUAAGGUACGCAGCAUACAUGAUGCGACCGUUUGCACACCCUGGUGCAUCAUGUUGUUGCAUGUUUUUGCGUGUUGUUGGGAAUUGUUGCGCAAAGUUUGAAACCGGUCAAACUUUUAGCUACGGCCAACAAUGUUGGGAGUUGUUGCGUCCGUUUGCACAUAGCUUUACGCAAUCUUUGGUUCUUACAAAUCUUUUAUUACACAGUUGACAUUUUGACGUACGUGGCUUGGAAAAUCAGCGGUCUUCCUCGUGAGCGUGUGAUCGGAAGUGGAACCAAUUUGGACACUGCUCGGUUUCAUUUUCUGAUCAGCGAAAAACUGAAUGUCGCUCCAACCAAUGUACACGGCUGGAUCAUCGGAGAACAUGGCGAUGCCAGUGGUAUGUUUCCCGUAGCGUUUAAAUUAAUUAAUGACCUUUAAUAAAAUUCAAGCCGUUAUUCUUCAUGGGCGUGCCUUUGAAGGCUAUUUUCUGUGAUUCAGUUACUACGUAUUAGUUUCUAUUCCAUCUGAAACCCAGCUCCCUCAAAAUGUUACAGAGUUUUCAAUGUGUGGAAAGUGUAUAGAUGUUUUGCCUUCUAACAGGAGUAGAGAAACACGGUUUCCUUCCUUUUUCUCUUCGCCACUUCUACACGCUUUUACAGUACAGUCCAAACCCCGUUAAUAAGGACACUGAGGGGACCAUGGAAAGUGUCCGUAUUAAGCGGGUUGAAUUAAGAGAAAAUGUGAGGGUUUUUCCCAGGGACAAGGAAAACUGUCCGUAAUAACGGGGUGUCCGGGUUGAGCGGGUGUCCGUUAAGCGGGAUAUUGCUGUACUAAGGCAAGAAUUUCACUCAUUUAUCCAGCAGCCUGAGUUGCAACGGUUUGCUGCAAGGGGGAGGUACGGUGGGGAGCAAGGAUGGCGCAGUGGUGAGAGCGCUCGCCUCGCACCAAUGUGGCCCGGGUUCAAAUCCCGGCGUCGACGCCAUAUGUGGGUUGAGUUUGUUGUUGGUUCUCUCCCUUGCUCCGAGAGGUUUUUCUCCGGGUACUCCGGUUUUCCCCUCUCCUCAAAAACCAACACUUUCAAAUUCCAAUUCGAUCUGGAACGCACGGACACGUUUAAACGAGUUCAUAUGAACUCUCAAGUGCUUCGUGGGUAAAAAAGCAAUUUACAAUUUUUUUUUUUAAUGCAGAGGUCUCUUCUGAGAAUAUCCAGCAUGAAAUGUACCACGUCCUGCGCCGUUGAAAAGUGCUCCGGUUAAGAAGUAUUACUAAGUGUCAGGCUUCUAGCUUAGCUGGCUUUGGUAAAUUUAACUCAGUUUGACUUUUCAUUUGCAGUUGCCGUAUGGAGUGGUGUUAAUAUAGCAGGAGUGAAUUUGAAAGAUCUUAACCCAGGCAUGGGUGGAAAAGACGAUCCUGAAAAAUGGGAAGACAUUCACAAGAAAGUCAUCAACAGGUAAUGGUCGCAUUGCUUAUCUCGGCACUUCGAAAAAUCGUUUUUUCACCAAUGAGUUACUACGUUUUUUUUUUGAGUGAAGGCUUCCCUUUUAACAGUCAGCAACUUGUGCUUCUUUUGUUAAGUGCCUACGAGAUGAUCAAACUGAAAGGCUACACAUCUUGGGCCAUUGGACUGAGUGUCGCUCAGAUGACCCAGACGAUCAUCCGAAAUCAGAAGAAUGUCCACGCUAUUUCUACUCUUGUCAAGGUAGGUAUAGGCACGAUCAUCUCCCCUCCCUCCACCCCACCCACGGAUCGAGCAGGCAAAAAGAAAGGCUCUACUCGCAGGGUACCGGCAAUCCUGUUUGUGACCUCGUUUCAAGUUACAAAAUCGUCCGCGUCUGGUCGGUACCAGGGCAUCGGCUUUAACUCAUUUUUUUGUAAGGAAAUGAAAUCAAAACUGACGGACACAUUUCGCUUUAGCUAAGUUCAGGUAAAAGAUGAAAAGACACGCUGGCUAACGUUGUUAAAAUUUGUUCUUUUAUUCUACGGAAACUGGGUCGAGCUAACUUCCGCAAAGACUUCUGGAACUGUUACAAGGGAAAAAAAUCGGCGCGGAGGACUGUAAUUUACCACGGGGCGGGGCGUAGAGCGAAGGUGAGACUUGUAGACUGGCAAGUAAACCAGGUAAACAUUGUUGUGAAAUGCUUUAACAGAUUCACUGUCCUUAAACUUUAAGUCUUCUAAAAGUCUAGUUUAGGGAUAUGGAAUCUGUUAGGCCAUUUCAUGACAAUGUUUACCUGGUUUAUCUGCCAGUCUGCAAGCCUCAUCCUCCCUCUACGCUCCUGAUCGCGUCCCAAGUAACGACCCCUGAAACGAUUGCGAGACACAUUUCGGCACCAGUCCCCUCAGCGUUUCUAUUGCUGGUUUUGACAUGACGUCACUAAAAUUCAAACUACAAAACUAUUCAUCCUAAUUUUGAAACAAAUUUUCGCUGCAAAAGGUUUCUUGGUUAUGUAAUAGAGUACGCUUGAAUUUCUAAACUUUUGCGUGACGCAGCAAUUAUGUGACGGCCGAGAGAGCUGUCAUUUAGGUUUAAAAAGGUGACUUUUUUCGAGGAAUUUUGUCAUCUAAACAAUUCAAGUAUUAGAAAAAGUAUUACUUUAAUGUUUAUGAGUUCCUCUACGAGUAAAUUCACGCUUUUGUAGCAAAACUCGGUAACAGAUGUUUCUGUUGGUUUCCGUCCGCCAUGUUGGAGCUCAUCCGGAUGAGCUCCAGCAUGACGUCUCCAUACAAAGCUCUAUAAAUUUGGGUAAAACAUUUCCUUGGACAUCUCGUGUACGAAUUAUUCCUUCGACCCAAAUCUUGGCGAGGGUCUUUGUAUACUUACGUCCUUUCAUUUCCCAGAUUCUGGACUUUAUCUAUCGAAAGGUUUUGAUUUUUAUUUUGAUCUAUUUUGAAUGGCGUGACCCUGAAAACCAGCAAUAGUGACUCAUGGUAAUGGCGCUUUGCUUGUUUCCUGAACUAUUUGUUUUUUUAUAUAUUUAGGGUUUUCAUGGAAUUGAGGAAGACGUGUUUCUCAGCCUUCCUUGCGUGCUUGGUUCCAAAGGUGUCAUGUACGUCAUCAAACAAACCUUGGACGAAAACGAGGUCAAGCAGCUACAGAGCUGCGCACGCACUAUGCACGAAAUACAAAAGACCCUGGUGUUUUAAGUGCAGUGCAAAGAGCUUCCUUAGGUAGUCUUAAUGUCCUGUUAACGGAUCAUGAAAUAACAGGAAACUGAUUACUGGAACGUCCUUAAAGUGACGCCCAUAACCUAGAAAAGGCACUGGUCCUAGACCGUCUCAUUUU